GAGUAAAGCAAUUACAGAACCUAAAAAAAUUGUUGUGCCUUCAGCACAGAUGCGGGUGGUGCGCCAGGAGGGGCAUGAACUAGAGUGUGUGUGGUCACGAUUAACGACGCAAAAUAGUUCGUCAUGACCUGAAUCGCGUCGGAAUUUCUCUGGUGACGUGAAGCAGAUUAUCCUUACGCCACAAGAAGCUUUUAUUACCACUAAAGUUACAAGUUUGCACGUUGGAGAGCCGGCGCAACGGAUUGCAAGAAGUGCUUUUUAAAAAUGUACUAUGCACCCUUAACUUGCAUUUGCAGCUGAGGCAUGUGAAAGAGAAUGAAAGCUAUUGGAUGCCUGCGUCUCCAUCAGUGCUAGCGUUUCUCCAUGAGUUCAGUGACGGUCUCCGGCUGCUCCAAAUCAUUGCGCACGGCGCACCAACUGAAUCUAGACGCUCAGUCUCGGCUGUUCUCCAUCUGAGGGCUUUAAACAUCUUUUAUGAGCACCUUAGCAAUUAAAGCACUUGAUUUGACUCGUUUGGACAGGUGUGAUUGAAAAUACAUCGCGCACGCAGCUGGAUUUCGAUUCAGCACCACGGCCGCGGACAGCUCCUGUUCCCCCGUGACGCGCGUCUGGAUGGCUGCUGCUCGCGUAUCUCUGUCGCUGCUCUGAUCCGCUCUGUUCGCGAUGGCAUCACACGGGUUUUGGUUUCUGGGUGCUGAAAACGCGUCUGGAAACGGCAGUCAAAGCCCGAGCACUCCCAGAGCAUGGUGUCAGGCGGCGGCCCAGAAAUUCUCCGGAGGCAUCGGCUCCAAAUUAUGUGCUCUGUUAAAUGUCGGGGAGGCUGAGAAAGCAGCUCAAGCCCCAGUUAAAGCAGAAGAUGGGUCUACAGCCGAGAGCUGCGGCUGUAAUAAACCCUGUAACUGCCCCAAAGCCGCCGUGUGCUUCUCUGAUCUCUAUUCAACAGAUCUUUUGCCUGCACUGGAUGGGGACGCGAAGACUAUGAAUUUCCUGCAGGAGGUUGUGGAUAUAAUGCUGGCUUAUAUAGUGGAAUCUUUUGACAGGUCAACGAAAGUGAUUGAUUUUCACUAUCCAAAUGAAUUGCUCCAAAGGAAUAAUUGGGAGCUUUCGGACGAGCCCGAGACUCUAGAUGAUAUUCUGAUCAGCUGUCGAGCCACGCUAAAAUACGCCAUAAAAACCGCACACCCCAGGUAUUUCAAUCAGCUCUCCACUGGGUUAGACAUGGUUGGCUUGGCUGCAGAUUGGCUAACCUCCACUGCCAACACCAAUAUGUUCACCUAUGAGGUGGCUCCAGUCUUCGUGCUGUUGGAAUACGUCACGCUGAAGAAGAUGAGGGAGAUCAUUGGCUGGCAGGAGGGCCGCGGUGAUGGAAUAUUCUCCCCGGGUGGUGCCAUUUCCAACAUGUAUGCCAUGCUGCUGGCUCGCUAUAAAAUGUUCCCUGAAGUGAAGGAGAAAGGAAUGUCAUCCGCACCAAGACUGGUGGCCUUCACAUCUGAACAUAGCCAUUUUUCAAUCAAGAAAGGAGCAGCUGCACUUGGAAUCGGUACAGAAAGUGUCAUCUGUAUUAAAGCAGAUGAAAGGGGUAAGAUGAUUCCUUCUGACCUUGAAAGGAGGAUUAUUGAAGCCAAGCAGAAGGGAUACGUGCCGUUCUUUGUCAGCGCCACGGCCGGCACCACGGUUUAUGGUGCCUUUGAUCCUCUCAUGGCUAUAGCGGACAUCUGUAAGAAGCAUGAUAUCUGGAUGCAUGUGGAUGGAGCAUGGGGCGGAAGUUUGCUAAUGUCCCGGAAACAUCGUGGGAAGCUGAAUGGAGUCGAGAGGGCUAAAUCUAUGACCUGGAACCCUCAUAAAAUGAUGGCUGUGCCCAUUCAAUGUCAUCUGUUCCAGGGUUUGAUGCAGAGCUGCAAUCAGAUGCAGGCCUGUUAUCUGUUCCAGCAGGACAAGCAGUAUGAUCUGUCCUACGAUACAGGGGACAAGGCCCUGCAAUGCGGCCGCCAUGUGGACAUUUUCAAACUAUGGCUAAUGUGGAGAGCUAAGGGCACUAUUGGUUUUGAGGCUCAGAUUGACAAAUGUCUGGAGCUUUCAGAGUAUCUCUACAAUAAGAUCAAGGACAGGGAAGGAUAUGAGAUGGUGUUUGAUGGAAAGCCUCAGCAUACCAAUGUGUGUUUCUGGUACCUUCCACCCGGCGUGCGCUACCUGGAGGACAAAGUGGAGAAAAUGAAGCGUCUCCACAAGGUUGCCCCUGUGAUCAAAGCCAGAAUGAUGGAGUACGGAACUACCAUGGUGAGCUAUCAGCCGCAGGGAGACAAGGUCAACUUCUUCCGUAUGGUCAUCUCCAACCCAGCUGCUACCUUUGAAGACAUUGACUUCCUCAUUGAAGAGAUUGAGCGACUGGGACAGGAUCUUUAAAAACUUGAGAUGCCAAAACCUGUUAUUCUUGUGUCCCUGGAUGGAUCGAAUAUUUGUUGUGAAUGUAACGGUAAAUCUUUGAUUCCUCUUUUCCAAAGUCAUAUAAAGGUAGUAUGAUAAAAAAAAAGACAAUAUGAAAAUAUCUAGACUUUAGUAUUGUAAUGUUGUUGUGGGCUUCGUGGUCCAAAGCCCUGUAAAAGUGUUACCGUCUGCUUUUACUGUCUGU